AUGACAGCAGCACCAACAACCACAACACAAGCAACAACUACCACAACACAAUCACCAACAACCACAACACAAGCACCAACAACCACAUCAGUUUUACCAACAACGACAAAAGCUGCACUAACAACCACAACAGAAACCUCAACAACCACAACAGCUGUACCAACAACCACAACACAAGCCCCCAAAACCACAACAGAAACCCCGAAAACCAUAACAGCUGCACCAACAACCACAACAGCUGCACCAACAACCACAACACAAGCACUAACAACCAAAACACAAGCCCCAACAACCAUGACAACUGCACCAACAACCACUACAGCUGCAACAACAACCACUACAGCUGCAACAACAACCACAACACAAGCACCCACUACCACAACACAAGCAUCAUCAACCACAACAACACAGAAACCAACAACAAUAACACAAGCACCAACAACAACGACAGCUACACCAACAACAACUACAGCUGCCCCAACAACCACAACACUUGCACCAACAAUCACGACAGUUGCACCAACAACCACAACAGCUGCACCAACAACCACAACACAAUCUCCAACAACCACGACAGCUACACCAAACUCCACGACAGUAGCACCAACAACCACAACAGCUGCACCAACAACCACAACACAAUCUCCAACAACCACGACAGCUACACCAACAACAACUACAGCUGCACCAAACACCACAACACAAGCACCAACAACAACAACAACAACACAAGCACCAACAAUCAUGACAGCUGCACCAACAACCACAACAGCUGCACCAACAACUACGAUACAAGCCCCAAGAACCACGACAGCUACACCAACAACAACUACAGCUGCACCAAUAACCACAACACAAGCACCAACAACCACGACAGCUACACCAACAACUACAGCUGCACAAACAUCCACGACAGCUGCACCAGCAACCACAACAGUUGCACCAACAACUACAACACAAGCCCCAACAACCAAAACACAUGCCCCAACAACCACAACACAAGCACCAACAACCACAACACAAAUGCGAAUAUCCACAACUGCUGCACCAACAACCACAAUUCAAGCAACAACAACCACAACAGCUGCACCAACAACCACAAUUCAAGCAGCAACAACCACAACACAAGCACCAACAACCACGACAGUUGCACCAACAACACAAGCACCAAAAUCCACAUCUGCUGCACCAACAACCAUGACAGUUGCACCAACAACCACAACAGUUGCAUCAACAUCCACGACAGCAGCAUCAACAACCACGACAGCUGCACCAACUACCACGACAGCUGCACAAACUACAAUGACAGCUGCACCAACAACCACAACACAAGGGCCAACAACCACAGCAGUUGCAUCAACAACCACAACACAAGCACCAACAACCACAACAGUUGCACCAACAACACAAGCACCAAAAUCCACAUCUGCUGCACCAACAACCAUGACAGUUGCACUAACAACCCCAACUGCUGCACCAACAACCACAACAGUUGCACCAACAUCCACGACAGCAGCAUCAACAACCACGACAUAUGCACCAACUACCACGACAGCUGCACAAACUACCACGACAGCUGCACCAACAACCACAACACAAGGGCCAACAGCCACAGCAGUUGCAUCAACAACCACAACACAAGCACCAACAACCAUAGCAGUUGCACCAACAACCACAACAGCUGCACCGACAACCACAACAGCUGCACCGACAACCACAACAGCUGCACCAACAACCACAACAGCUGCACCGACAACCACAACAGCUGCACCAACAACCAAAACAGCUGCACCAACAACCACAACACAAGCACCAACAACCACAACAGCUGCACCAACAACCACAACACAAGCACCAACAACCACAACAGCUGCACCGACAACCACAACAGCUCCCUCAACAACCACAAUUCAAGCAACAACAACCACAACACAAACACCAACUACAGCACAAGCACCAACAACCACAACAGCUGCACCAACUACCACAACACAAGCACCAACAAUCACAACACAAGCACCAACAACCACAACAGUUGCACACACAACCACAAGAGCUGCACAAACACCUAUAAAACAAGUCCCAACAACCACGACAGCUACACCAUCGAUAACUACAGCUGCAACAACAACCACAACACAAGCACCAAUAACCAUGACACAAUCACCAUCCACCACAACAGCUGCAUCAACAACAACUAGACUUGCACCAACAACCACAACACAAGUGCCAAAAACCACAACAGUUGCACAAACAACCACAACAGCUGCACCAACAACCACAACAAAAGUGCCAACAACCACGACAGCUGCACCAACAACCACGACAGCUGCACCAACAACCACAACAGCUGCACCAACAACCACAACAAAAGUGCCAACAACCACGACAGCGGCACCAACAACCACGACAACUGCACCAACAAGCACGGCAGCUGCACCAACAACCACGAUAGCUGCAACAACAUCCACUGCAGCUGCAACAACAACCAUGACAUCUGCACAAACAUCCACUACAGCUGCACCAACAACCACGACGGCUGCAACAACAACCACAACACAAGCACCAACAACCACGCCAGAUGCACCAACAACCACAACAGCUGCACCAACAACCACAACACAAGCACCAACAACCACAACACAAGCACCAAAAACCACAACACAAGCACCAACAACCACAACACAAGCACCAACAACCACAAGAACAGCUGCACCGACAACCACAACAGCUCCCUCAACAACCACAAUUCAAGCAGCAACAACAACCAUGACAGUUACACCAACAACCACAACACAAGCACCAACAACCACAACAGUUGAACCAACAACACAUGCACCAAAAUCCACAUCUGCUGCACCAACAACCAUGACAGUUGCACCAACAACCCCAACUGCUGCACCAACAACCACAACAGUUGCACCAACAACCACAACACAAGCACCAACAUCCACGACAGCAGCAUCAACAACCACGACAGCUGCACCAACUACCACAACAGCUGCACAAACUACCACGACAGCUGCACCAACAACCACAACACAAGGGCCAACAACCAUAGCAUUUGCACCAACAACCACAAGAGCUGCACUCACAACCACAACAGCUGCACCGACAAACACAACAGCUGCACCAACAACCACAACAGCUGCACCAACAACCACAACAGCUGCACCAACAACUACAAUACAAGCCCCAACAACCACGACAGCUACACCAACAACAACUACAGCUGCACAAACAACCACAACACAAGCACCAACAACCACGAAAGCUACACCAACAACUACAGCUGCACAAACAUCCACGACAGCUGCACCAGCAACCACAACAGUUGCACCAACAACUACAACACAAGCCCCAACAACCAAAACACAAGCACCAACUACAACACAAGCACCAACAACCACAAUUCAAGCAACAACAACCACAACAGUUGCACCAACGACCACAAUUCAAGCAGCAACAACCAUGACAGUUGCACAAACAACCACAACACAAGCACCAACAUCCACGACAGUUGCACCAACAACACAAGCACCAAAAUCCACAUCUGAUGCACCAACAACCAUGACAGUUGCACCAACAACCCCAACUGCUGCACCAACAAUCACAACAAGCUGCACCAACACCUAUAACACAAGUCCCAACAACCACAACAGCUACACCAUCAAUAACUACAGCUGUAACAACAACCACAACACAAGCACCAACAUCCACGACAGCUGCACCAGCAACCACAACAGUUGCACCAACAACUACAACACAAGCCCCAACAACCAAAACACAAGCACCAACAACCACAACACAAGCGCCAACAACCACAACACAAAUGCGAAUAUCCACAACUGCUGCACCAACAACCACAAUUCAAGCAACAACAACCACAACAGCUGCACCAACGACCACAAUUCAAGCAGCAACAACCAUGACACACCAACAACCACAACACAAGCACCAACAACCACAACACAAGCACCAACAACCACAACAGCUGCACCUACAACCACAACAGCUCCCUCAACAACCACAAUUCAAGCAACAACAACCACAACAGCUGCACCAACGACCACAAUUCAAGCAGCAACAACCAUGACAGUUGAACCAACAACCACAACACAAACACCAACUACAGCACAAGCACCAACAACCACAACAGCGGCACCAACUACCACAACACAAGCACCAACAAUCACAACACAAGCACCAACAACCACAACAGUUGCACACACAACCACAAGAGCUGCACCAACACCUAUAACACAAGUCCCAACAACCACAGCAGUUGCUCCAACAACCACAGCAGUUGAACCAACAACCACAACACAAGGGCCAACAACCAUAGCAGUUGCACCAACAACCACAACAGCUGCACCAACAACCACAGCAGUUGAACCAACAACCACAACACAAGGGCCAACAACCACGACACAAUCACCAUCCACCACAACAGCUGCAUCAGCAACAACUAGAGUUGCACCAACAACCACAACACAAGUGCCAAAAACCACAACAGUUGCACAAACAACCACAACAGCUGCACAAACAACCACAACACAUGCCCCAACAACCACAGCAGUUGCUCCAACAACCACAGCAGUUGAACCAACAACCACAACACAAGGGCCAACAACCAUAGCAGUUGCACCAACAACCACAACAGCUGCACCAACAACCACAACACAAGCACCAACAACCACAACAGCUGCACCAACAACCACAACACAAGCACCAACAACCACAACAGCUGCACUGACAACCACAACAGCUGCACCAACAACCACAACAGCUGCACCAACAACCACAACACAAGCACCAACAACCACAACAGCUGCACCAACAACCACAACACAAGCACCAACAACCACAACAGCUGCACCAACAACCAAAACAGCUGCACCAACAACCACAACACAAGCACCAACAACCACAACAGCUGCACCUACAACCACAACAGCUCCCUCAACAACCACAAUUCAAGCAACAACAACCACAACAGCUGCACCAAAGACCACAAUUCAAGCAGCAACAACCACUACCGCUGCACCAACAACCACGACAGCUGCAACAACAACCACAACACAAGCACCAACAACCACGCCAGAUGCACCAACAACCACAACAGCUGCACCGACAACCACAACAGCUGCACCGACAACCACAACAGCUGCACCAACAACCACAAAACAAGCACCAACAACCACAACACAAGCACCAACAACCACAACACAAGCACCAACAACCACAACACAAGCACCAACAACCACAACAGCUGCACCGACAACCACAACAGCUCCCUCAACAACCACAAUUCAAGCAGCAACAACCAUGACAGCUGCACCAACUACCACAACACAAGGGCCAACAACCAUAGCAGUUGCACCAACAACCACAAGAGCUGCACCGACAACCACAACAGCUGCACCGACAACCACAACAGCUGCACCAACAACCACAACAGCUGCACCAACAACCACAACAGCUGCACCAACAACCACAGCAGUUGCUCCAACAACCACAGCAGUUGAACCAACAACCACAACACAAGCACCAACAACCACAACACAAGCACCAACAACAGCUGCACCGACAACCACAACAUCUGCACCAACAACCACAACACAAGCACCAACAUCCACGACAGCAGCAUCAACAACCACGACAGCUGCACCAACUACCACGCCAGAUGCACCAACAACCACAACAGCUGCACCGACAACCACAACAGCUGCACCGACAACCACAACAGCUGCACCAACAACCACAAAACAAGCACCAACAACCACAACACAAGCACCAACAACCACAACACAAGCACCAACAACCACAACACAAGCACCAACAACCACAACAGCUGCACCGACAACCACAACAGCUCCCUCAACAACCACAAUUCAAGCAGCAACAACCAUGACAGUUGCACAAAAAACCACAACACAAGCACCAACAACCACGACAGUUGCACCAACAACACAAGCACCAAAAUCCACAUCUGCUGCACCAACAACCAUGACAAUUUCACCAACAACCCCAACUGCUGCACCAACAACCACAACAGUUGCACCAACAACCACAACACUUGCACCAACAACCACAACACAAGCACCAACAUCCACGACAGCAGCAUCAACAACCACGACAGCUGCACCAACUACCACAACACAAGGGCCAACAACCAUAGCAGUUGCACCAACAACCACAAGAGCUGCACCGACAACCACAACAGCUGCACCGACAACCACAACAGCUGCACCAUCAACCACAACAGCUGCACCAACAACCACAACAGCUGCACCAACAACCACAACACAUGCCCCAACAACCACAGCAGUUGCUCCAACAACCACAGCAGUUGAACCAACAACCACAACACAAGCACCAACAACCACAACACAAGCACCAACAACAGCUGCACCGACAACCACAACAUCUGCAUCAACAACCACAACACAAGCACCAACAUCCACGACAGCAGCAUCAACAACCACGACAGCUCUGCACCAACUACCAUGA